AUGUGGGAGGUCUAUAAUACCAUGGAGUCCCGCGGGUUUUCACCUACUGUCAUCACCUAUGGGAUUCUAUUGAAUUGUUGCUGCAACCAGGGUGAUUUGAGCAAUGCCCGUAAAGUGUUUGAUGAAAUGCUUCAAAGAAGAAUUGAACCUAAUGUGGUGGUUAACACUAUUCUCAUUCGUGUUUUUUGUAAUGAGGGUGAAAUGGAAGAAGCUGAGAGGGUUUUUAAGUUGAUGAGAGAAAGUGGGGUCGAUCCUAAUUUGUAUACUUAUGUUACUCUCUUUGAUGGGUAUUGCAAAAUGGGUAAUGUUAAACGUGUUUUUGAAUUGUAUAGUGAUAUGCUAUGGCAUGGUUUGCAUCCUGAUGUUGUGACUUUUGCAAAUUUAGUGGAUGUUUUGUGCAAGGCGGGUGAUUUGAAGACUGCACGAAACUGCUUUGUUUAUAUGGAUAAGUUUGGUGUUUUUCCUAAUUCACAUGUUUAUAAUUGUUUGAUUGAUGGUUACUGUAAGGCAGGGGAUUUGGUUGAAGUGAUGCGAUUGCGAGAUGAAAUGAAACGGAAUGGUGUUUUCUGGGAUGAUUUUACGUGCAGUAUACUUGUUAAGGGUUUAUGUGACUCGGGUAAGUUUGAAGAAUCUAAGGUUUUGAUGGAGGAGAUGAGUAAAGCAGGGGUUUUUGCUAAUGCUGUGACUUACAAUGUGUUGAUUGAUGGAUACUGCAAAAUGGGGGAUAUGAAGAAGGCUUUUGAGGUUUGUUCACAAAUGACUGAGAGGAAGGUAGAACUCAAUGAGAUCAUAUUUUCUACAUUGAUUGACGGGUUUUGCAAGAAUGGUAACAUAAAAGCUGCUAUGGGGUUAUAUGCAGAAAUGGUUAUCAAAGGUCUCGUGCCUGAUGUGGUGACUUACACGACUUUGAUUGAUGGACAUUGCAAGGAUGGGAAUAGCAAAGUAGCUUUCGAACUCCAUAAGGAGAUGCAGAACGCAGGACUAACACCAAAUGUGGUCACAAUUACUUCUUUGAUUGACGGCCUUUUGAAAGAUGGAAGGACUUACGCUGCAAUCAGACUUUUCUUGGAGAAAACUGGAGUUGGUUUCGCUGGAGGUAAAAUGGAUCAUAGUGGGUCGUGUUCUCCGAAUGAUGUUAUGUAUGCUGUUUUAAUUCAAGGUUUAUGUAAAGAUGGACAUAUUUUCAAGGCCACCAAGUUUUUCAAAGAAAUGAGAUGUAGCGGUUUCAAACCAGACCUGGUUCUUUAUGUUAUCAUGUUGGAGGCACAUUUUCGAUUCAAGCACAUGGUUGAUGUAAUGAUGUUGCAUGCAGACAUGCUGAAGAUGGGUGUUCUGAGAAAUACUUCCGCAUGUCGUGCAUUGUCUACGGGCUAUAGAGAAUUGAGAUCUGAAACCAACUCGAAUGUGUUCUGA